AUGAAGAAAUCAUCAAGCAAAGGUUCAUCAUCAAACGAAAGCGCUAGUCAUGCACAUCGGAAAUCUCCGAAAAGUGAUAAUAGUACUUCAUCAAUAGGAAAUAAAUUGGCAGCAGAAAGCCAAUCACAAAAGUACAAUUUUAAAGCACCAUUCAUUGAGGAAUUUUUGGAGCAAUUACAAGAUGAAAAGAAGAGCAAAACAACCACUCCGAAGUCAAGCACCAAGGAUUUUCUUACAAUGUUGUUGAAACAACAAGAAAAAAGAAUGAAAAAACAGGAAGAAGACGAAAGAGUAUCUGAAAGGAAAAAUUCUCUCUCAAAUAUGGAGUAUCUUGUAAAAAAGCAACAAUAUUUGCAGAAAUUAAGAAAGAAAGUGUUGCCAAAUGCCAAUUUCACUCCAUUUGUAUUUAACACUUUACAAUUUUUCGAAGAUAAUAUUUCCUAUUUUACAGAGCAUUCUAUUGAGUUUCAACGAUUAAUCGCACAACUCAGAACAAGGGAAGAAAGACAAAUAUUUCUUCACUCUGUAUUCAUGUAUUACUACGCAGAUAUUUUGCUAGAGAUGAGAAAUUUGCAAAACGCACAACAACACGAAUCCAAAUAUCAUACAUAUUAUGGAAUGGCAUCAAACGAUGAUUUGUACAGGCGAUAUUUUGAGUCAACAAAAAUUACACAAUCUAAUCCAAUAGCACAACUGACGACAAAGAAAUUGCUCUCCAGUCUCUGUCUGUCAACUCAAAGCUUAUUGGAAAUUGUUUGGCAAAGUUUGAACAAGGAUUUAAGGACAGCGAGGAACUUUAUGAUUUAG